GGCGGGAAAAGGAGCGCGGUGCCGUUACCUCAGUAACGACGGACGCAGGAGGCGGCGGUGUUGGUGCCUGAGGAGAAGCCGGGCCGGGCCUUCAUGGCCCUGCGCUGCUCUGUGUGACGUGAGGUAUUGCAUUCUGAGACCCAGCCUACAAAGGAAAGUCGAGGUGAGGAGUGAGGAUGGAUGUGGGUGUUUCUUCAGUCUCCUCCUUGCAGUCCCUUGCCAAGCUGCUUGGUGGUGCACACGGGGAUGAGGACGACGAUGACUUUGGUCCAUGCUGUUCUGCCAGUGCCAUGACUCCUGGUAGCAUUGGACCAGUAAAGAAGGAGACCGCUGAUAUCUUACAACUGAAAUCUGAACACAGCAAAACAAUUUGGAGCACAGAAGAGGUCCCAGAAGGAUCCGAAUUUGAUGACACCUGGGAUCCUAGGGAACAGCCAGAAUAUGAGAUUUUAUUCAAACAGCAUGUGGGAACAGAGGACGUCUUCUUUGGGAUGAGCAGGAAAGACCCUUCUACAGCCUGCUGUGAAGAUAUGGUGGUUAAAAUCAAGCUGCCAGAGACGAAGUUCUCAGACAUCACGUUAGAUAUCCAGGACAAGGUUCUUGACCUCAGAACUCCCCAAAAGGUAAGCGUGUCUUCUGUGAAACCAGACUGUCCAGGAUCUCUAAUCCAGCUGUACCAGCUAUUUCUUCUUGCUAUAGAAUACAAGCUCAAGCUCCCCCAGACACUUUAGGCAUUUUUCAGAUUUUUACCACCAGGAGAAGCAUUAUCAGUGCAGCUUCUCCUUACUCUGCAUUGUGUAGAAGCAAGAACAAUGGGGAGAACUUACAGUCCAUCGUUGGAAACUGCUAUAGCCAUAGCCAAAAGAAAGGAAAUGUUGGAAAUGCUCCAGGGCCUAUAUAGUUGUGUACCAGGUAUUGCAGAACUGUGUAACUUGUCAUGGGAAGGAUAUACAGAAUGGACUUUCCUUGAUAUACUGACUCUUGAAUCGCAAGAGUAGCUUUCAGUGAGCCAUUGAGAUAGCAUGUGGUUUGGGCCAUUAGAACUCACUGUGUCUUCCUUGACAGGAAGCUACUGCUGCAUCUCCCUUGCCCUGUGGACAGCAAGAAGGGGAAAGCUCGUUUUCUCUCGGAAGAAGAGCUCUUGGAGGUCACCUUAAGGAUGAGAAGGGAGUUUGAUUUCAUUAAUUUUGCCUGAUAGAGAAGUGGAGGAGCUUUACAAAAAGUGAUCUCUCUAAAUCUGAAGUCUUUUCAAAAUCUAAGUGGUCAUGAAAUUGUUCCCCUUUAUCAGUUCAGGGGGACCAUUAUGGAAUAAAUUCAGUAAGUCAGGCAGAAAAGGAGGUCAAUUCAUUGCACCCACAGAUCCUGUAGGCUGGGGCUGUCUGGCUCUUGAACUGCUAUGGUUAACAUUCUGCUUCCUUCAGUCCGAUGCAGGCUCUGAAUUGGAAAAUAGGAGACCACAAAGUCUGCAAAGUGGGGAAAGCCUUUCUAUGGUUAGUGUCUAUGAGUAGCAUGAUAAGGCUCUGACCAGCAGCUCUGGUUACUGUUGGAAGACUUGUAAGUGAGAUGUAUUUGGCCUCCAAUGCUGGCACUGAAGCCAGUUCAGAUCCCACUCCAAAACUCUUUGGGGAUCCAUAGCCACAUCUCUGAGGCUUCUUUACCCUGGUAGAACAAGGCAGGCAGCUACUGCUGGAUUGCUGAACAACUCAGCUCUUUUGAACGGUUUUUGACAAUAUAUGGUUCAAUGUCAUCCAUUCACCUGCUGUCCCUCCAGCUAUUCUUCUGAUCUUUAUUAAUAAAAGAAUAUGCUCUAAUGAA